AUGUCUCGCUUCACUAUCGACGAGUUGGUUCAGCGCAUGGCAAAACUGAGUUUACAGGACAACAGCGUAGACAAGACAAGCACAGGCGAAAACGCCCAAAAUGGCAGCUUCUAUAACAAUGAGGACAUUGAAAUGCUGGAUUACGUUGAUAUAAGCCGCAACGAAGUCGCUUUGCAAGGCGCAAACUUUGUGCAACUCGAUGCGACACGAGUUUUUGCGCAGAUAUGGGAGGCGACGUUCAAUGCCUGGAUGGCGCUGUUGAGCAUGACGCAAAUAGCGCCUUGUGGUCCGCUGACAGUCAAGGGGCUUGCCGCGGCUGUUCGUGCUCUCGACGGAGUCAUUAGCGGCAAGAAUGAGCCAUAUCUUCUUCCUAGAUUUGGAUAUGUACAGCUAUUCGGUUUCCUGGAAUCACUGAGAAAGAGGAUAGAACGUGAUAAGAAGCAUGGGUUCAUUGAAGCAGAAAGCCACCGCACCAAUGCUGCGCUAGCGUAUGAGCUCUAUCGUAACGCGCAAGACAUUCCCACCACCGCAAGCCAUUUGCGUCGUCUCAGACUCAUCGGCAGCCGUUGGAAAGACGCUGUUCGCUCCUCACCUUUUCUACUGCUCGCUUUCUCCAAAACUGCGGAGUCCUUUGCGAAAUCUCCUUCGAAAACAGAUAACCAAACAUUUCGAAAGUUAGUUUUAAAGGCUUUAGACCAUGUGCCUGAUAAGCUGAAAUAUGUUUGCGGCGAGCUUUCCAGCAUUGCCGAUCGCGAGGCUGCUAGCCGCUUGUCAUCUGAUCACAUCACACGGGCCGGAUUGAGGGAUUGUGUUAAAGAAUGUCUUUUUGGACCCGAAGGAGGAUGA